AGACAGCAUGUCUACAUUUGGGGAGCUAUCAGACAUCUUACAUCACAAACUCUAACUCUACCUGACGACCUGAUGAGGGGCACCUCUAAGUUUGCCAAUCUGGAAGGCUGUGCUAAGGAGCACCAGAAACACACUCACAAACGACUCCAGCUGCAGAAGGAAAUGGGUGCCAUGCAGGGGACGAUACCUUACCUGGGCACCUUCCUGACAGACCUGACCAUGUUAGAUACUGCCCGGUCAGACCUAGUAGAGGGGGGGCUAAUCAACUUUGAGAAGAUGCGAAGGGAAUUUGAGGUGAUAGCUCGGAUCAAGCUGCUGCAGUCUGCGUGUAACAGCUACUGUCUUAGUGCUGAUGAUGCCUUCCUGCGCUGGUUCAAGGGCCAGCCUCAACACAGAGAGGAGGAGAGCCAUGCCAUGUCUUGUGACAUUGAAGGAGUGGGAGACAGAAGUACGACUUUAUGCAAACUUUGCAAGGGCAUUGUCAAGAGACUUAGCCAGCAGUCGCGCACAAGAUGGUUGCGCUCCCUGACACCCAUGUCCCCCUCCUCUCCCCUGCCCCCUGCCUACAACACCCAGGCUCAGGACGCCUGCAUCAUCAGAGUCAGCCUGGAGCAGGGAAAUGGCAACCUCUACAAGAGCAUCAUGUUGAUGAGUCAGGAUAAGACUCCAGCAGUGAUCUCUAGAGCUGUGGCCAAACACAACCUGGAGAGUGAGCCUGGGGAGGGAUACGAGCUGGUGCAGGUCAUCUCUGACGAAAGAGAACUGGUGAUUCCUGACAACGCCAAUGUGUUUUACGCCAUGAACACCUCAGCCAACUUUGACUUCCUGCUGCGUGUGCGAGGCACGGCGGGGUGGCCUGUCCAGCUGAGGAGUCGCUAUGUCUCCACACUCCCCUGUGCCCAGCAGCGUGCCAGCCUGCGCCUCAGCAAGGCAGUGGGGGACCGGCUACCACCCGGCCACACGGUGAGCCAGCUAGAAACCUGGAAGAUCCGUGCUGGAACUCUGGAGCGGCUGGUAGAGACCCUGCUGACGGGGUUCUGGGGCAAUGACCUCGCCUACACCAGCAUCUUCCUGUCCACAUACCGCACCUUCGCCAGCACGCACACCGUGCUGCAGUUGCUGCUAGACAAGUAUGGAAUUCCAGAGGGUAGUGAAGGACAGACUGAGCGAUGUAGACCCUCUGAAACCAAAGGAGUUGUUCGAAUUGCCCUGGCCUCCAUCUUGAGAGCCUGGAUGGGCCAGUAUCGAGAGGACUUCCAGGAGCCUCCAUCCUACCCCUGCCUCCACAGGGUGUUGGCCUACCUACAGAGGGCCCUGCCUGGAUCGGAGCCCAUGCGUAGAGCCCAGAGUCUACUGGAGCAGCUGAAGGCUGAGGCCAGUCUGGAUGUAGACUCAGAGGGUUUCUCCAGCGGUUUUGACAACAUACGCUCCUUCGGCCUGUGUGAGGAUGAGGAUGUGGAGAUUGAGGUCCAGGAAGACUUCAUGUCAUUUGAUACAGAUUUGGUGGCAGAGCAACUGACCUAUAUGGAUGUGUUGUUGUUCAAGAAGGUGAUUCCUCACCACUGCCUGGGCUCCAUCUGGUCCCAGAGGGAUAAGAAACAGAACAAGCACAGUGCUCCCACCAUCCGUGCCACCAUCACCCAGUUCAACGCUGUGGCAGCAUGUGUGGUCAGAACCAUACUGCACCGACAACAGAUCCGCCCACACCUCAGGGCACGGGUCAUCAAGCGCUGGAUAGACAUCGCUGAGGAGUGUCGCAUGCUUAAGAACUUCUCAUCGCUGCGUGCCAUUGUGUCUGCUCUGCAGUCCAACCCACUCUACAGACUGAAGAGGGCCUGGUCCUGGGUGCCCAAAGACAGCAUGUCUACGUUUGAGGAGCUAUCAGACAUCUUCUCGCAUCACAACUACCUGACCAGCCGAGAGCUGCUAAUGAGGGGAGGGCACCUCUAAGUUUGCCAAUCAGUUAGGCUGUGCUAAGGAGCACCAGAAACACACUCUCAAACGAUUCCAGAGGAAAAUGGAAAUGGUGAGAGAUGGCGCAAGCUACAAGCCACUGGCAGUUUGUGUUCAAGGCCCUGUUUGUUUACGUUUUAAUGAGGGAAGUCAAAGUGAGAUAAGCUUGGCAGUGGCUGCAGACGUAUUGGUAUGGUUUAUCCUAUGCUUUUUCUUUUCCCAGGGUGCACUGCAGGGGACAAUACCUUACUUGGGCACCUUCCUGACAGACCUGACCAUGCUAGAUACAAGGAGUGCGAAUUACGGGGGAGCCACAGGGAUGUCCUAUUCCCCUGAAUAGGACAUGAGCUCCUCUAAAGGCAAACUGGGGAGGGGGGUUUCUCUAAAUAUUUAUAAUUAGACCAAGACAAGAGCAUAACGCAUCAAUCUCACUGGAGAAAGCAUCCUUGCGAGCGAAACGGCGACUGUCAUAGUAUUUCUGGCGAGACAGCACUGGAUAUAUGGGCUACACAGACUGAUAUGCUGGUUUGCUCGCUCUGAGAUUCAGCCACUUGUGAAUUGCAGGAAAUUUAUGAAACAGUUCAUGUAAUUAAUUUUUUUUCACAUUUUUGGGGAAAACUUGGCAUCCACUAGUAGUAGGCCUAAUAACAAUCGAUGAAUGUCAUUAUGGUGUUUGUAACAGAUUUCCAUUCAUCAAAUGGAUGCUGGAAUUAUUUUUGAGGAGAUGAAUGUGCACAGCUGCAGGUAGUCGAUUAAAGUGAAAUCUUUACAAUAACCAGGUUUCCAUCCAACCUUUUCAUGUGAGUAAUGUCACGACAGGCCUGAUGGAAACACCUAAUUUGUUGGCAAACUUUCCAAUUUUGACAAAACAAAACACUCUAGACAAGGUGGAUCUUGUCGGUAAAAUUAAAUACAUUGUGUUGUUUAAGUGUUCCCUUUAUUUUUUUGAGCAGUGUAACUCCAAGUCAAUCACACUUCUAUGAAAUCAAACUGUCCACUUAGGAAGCAACACUGAUUGACAAUAAAUUGCACAUGCUGUUGUGCAAAUGGAAUAGACAAAAGGUGGAAAUUAUAGGCAAUUAGUAAGACACCCCCAAAAAAGGAGUGAUUCUGCAGGUGGUGACCACAGACCACUUCUCAGUUCCUAUGCUUCCUGGCUGAUGUUUUGGUCACUUUUGAAUGCUGGCGGUGCUCUCACUCUAGUGGUAGCAUGAGACGGAGUCUACAACCCACACAAGGGGCUCAGGUAGUGCCAUCAGCCAGGAAGCAUAGUAACUGAGAAGUGGUCUGUGGUCACCACCUGCAGAAUCACUCCUUUAUUGGGGGUGUCUUGCUAAUUGCCUAUAAUUUCCACCUUUUGUCUAUUCCAUUUGCACAACAGCAUGUGAAAUUUAUUGUCAAUCAGUGUUGCUUCUUAAGUGGACAGUUUGAUUUAUCAGAAGUGUGAUUGACUUGGAGUUACAUUGUGUUGUUUAAGUGUUCCCUUCAUUUUUUUGAGCAGUGUAUAUGAGAAUGUAUGGUGGAAAUUCCGUUAUGUGCAAAUAUUUAUAUAAUAACUAUCACAUUGAAGUGAACUUGGAGUUACGCUAUGGUGUGGUCAUCCCACUCGGUAAAGCAUGCCGUUUAUUAGGCUAUAGAUUAAAUGAGUUAUGAUGAACUUCACAGCGUGGUAAUGCUUUAUUGGAAAGGCUUGAUACCCCUUUCCAGUAAAUAUCAAGGGUUUUAUUCUGGUGACAUGAUGAUCGAUGCUUGGCUGCCAUAAUAAUCUCAUGUAGGCUAUACCCGCACUGUAUCUGCGAGCUGUUGACUAGAGUGGACGUGCGAAGAUCCGAGUGGGCACAUUCGCUAUAUAAAGCAAAUAAAAUGUCUGCCAAAACCAUCCAUUUAACUUUUUUAUUCGGUACAUGGGAAUUUAACUGCAAAAUAAAAAUGUGUGCCCUGUGUCAUCAUGAACAUUUUAUCUGCAACAAGUACAUUUGAUGGAAACAUCUCUGAUGGGAAAAUGCGCGUAUUGUUUUAUGCAGAUUUUAGAAUAUUCGCAUAGUAAUUGGUCACCAAUUGGCUGAAAACCUAGCAAAUCAGAUGACCAUGUCAUUAUUGUUUGUGUUCAUGCCACAUUAAAAUGUAAUACAUUUUUACUGAUAAAUGACAUGUCUUUACAAUUAGACCCAUACAUAAUUUUUUUCCAAGCGUGUGCACCCAAUAGAGGCUCCCCUGACUGACGGUUGUAGACUUCUCCUGUAUGUGUUGUGACUAACCACUGUUUGCAUCUAGAGCAUGCGUUUCAUUAGUAUUUUUGGGCAGUUUUUAUAGUCCUUCACCACUGUUUGUCUCACCAGCACAGCGUGUUAUCAGCGUUCAGUCUUUCACACUGUCAUUUUGUUCCCUGCAAGGUGAGCUCUUCAACUUUGAGAAUAGGUGACAGGCUAGUAAUUUACAACCUGUUCUUAACCUACUAAUUAGUUAGUCAUUCAUGAUCUUAGUGUCUGCUCGAUUGACCUGACUGACACUGAUCUCCCCCUAUGAAGUAUACUGUAAUUAACAUUUAUUUAAAAUAAAUCUACCCUGAAAUAGACAUUGUAUUGUAGUCAGGAAUUCAAUCAGAUUUGUAAACUUGGUCUUUGACAUGUUUUAACAGGAAUCAGUUAUCAGUAUUUUUAUAUUAGAUGUAUCUGACCCAUAUAGACGUUAACUUUUUUACAUGACCAUUUCCCUUUUGUCACCAGACUGUUCCAGGGAGUUGACUCCUCAGCAGCCAGUUCCCCAUUGAGUGAAACAGCCUGGCCUGCCCUGCAUGUACUGUAUCUUGGUCUUCCUGUUGGCCAUUUCCCUCGCCUAAAACACCCAGGCCUCCUGCAUCAUCCUAGUAAGCCUGUGUUAUGCCAUGACACCUCAGCUAACUUUGACAUCCUGCUGUAUGUGCGGGGCAGCCAGUCCAGCUGAGGAGUCUCUGUGCCUCCGGCGCCCCAACAGUGCUCACCCCCCACCCCCAGAGAUGCUGGGAGACUGAGAAGGACCAAACAUGGGGAAUGAGUUCAAGUCAAUGAGGUAGACUCAGAACUACCUAUUCCCUUGUCCCCAAUCGGACCCCCACCUCUGUGCCCCCCUCCCCCACACCAGUAGCAGACUGUGGCCUUCCUGUCUGCUGUGUACCAGUGUGCACUGUGUACCACGCGGGGCUGCACCUCUCAUUGUGAGCUGUGUGAUAGCUUACUACUUGGUUUUAACAAGUUAUUUCCUUUUUAAUAUUGUCUAGCUGUCCUAUCACCUGUAGGGUGUAAUGACACAAAUAGGAUGGGUCUCUGUGAGGCCCGGAUUGCGCUGCCUGACGCAUUGAUUAGCAGUCCUAAUAGAAAUGCAUUUGUUUGUUUGGGUGACUUCAGGAGGUAGGAAGUAGAUGGAAUGAGUGACCUAAUCUUACUCUUUUCACCUCAGAACAAAAUGGAGUAUCAUUUAGUUUCUUAUUGAUUCGUUUUUUUUAAAGGGCAGAAAACCAUGUCACACACAAUGUACAAAUCAUUAGGAACACCUCUUUCCAUGACACUGACCAGGUGAAGGCUAUGAUCCCUUAUUGAUGUCACCUGUUCAAUCCACUUCAAUCAGUGUCGAUGAAGGGGAGAAGACAGGUUAAAGAAGGAUAUUUAAGCCUUGCAAUAAUUGAGAGAUGGAUUAUGCGUUUGCCACUCCGAGGGUGAAUGGGCAAGACAAAAAGAUUUAAGUGCCUUUUGAAUGGGCUAUGGUAGUAGGUGCCAGGUGCUCUGGUUUGAGUGUGUCAAAAACAUCCCUGUGGUACGCUUUCAACACCUUAUAGAGUCCAUGACCCCAACAAAUGGAGGCUGGUCUGAGGGCAAAAUGGGGUGCAACUCAAUAUUAGGAAAGUGUUCCUAAUGUUUUGUACACCAGUGUAUGUCAAUCAAACUUGUAGAGGGUGAUUGAGGACAAUGUUUUUAAAUUGUAUGUUAAUUCUGAUUCUGUUCAUCCUGUCAACGUGGCUUUGAGAAAAUGUUGCGGUUUGAAAGUUUAUAAACGGCGUUUGUACAUUCAUCACUUUUGUUUUCAAGGAUUUAUACCAGCACUGCUUGUUAAAUGUUUUUUUGCAAUUUAUAAGUUGAUAGUAAUUUUGUGAAGAGAAACAACUUUGUGCCGAAAGAGGAACUAUGUUUCUGGUUUCAUUUUAACCAAGUGAGUUUGGCGUGAUACAGCCUCAUUAUCUACACGAGUGCCUCACACCGUGGGGUAAGGAAUAGUACGUUUCAUUUCAAACUUUGAGCAGUGAAAAUCUGCGUAGCAGGCAAAAAAGAAACUUGACAAAUACGACAUUCACGUAUUGCGUUGUACUCCAUUUGCAUAAACUGUAAAGUGUGCUGAGCAUUUUACAGGAUGUUCAGUUAGAAAUGUACUGUGCAGAACAGACUGUCAUUCAGAAUAGGCAUUCUAUCUACAACAUUCUGAACAGCCAGCUCCCUGUGCACCGAGCCUCACCCAAACACUCCCCCCCAAUAGUUUGUCACAAACGAUAUGAAUUAGAUUUUCACACGAGCCCACACUGACACUAAUUCAGUUCCUCCUGUGCCUAGGCCUCUACACACCGACACUCACCCCCCUUUUAACGGAAUCCCACAGAUACCGGCUCCCACACACUGCCUAACCAGCAUUAACACCUCCACCCCACCUGUCUAACCCACACAGUGAAACCGGUCCCUACUGUGGUCCCUACCAUAUACACUCCAAUGUUUCAUACCUAUUCUCUCCAUCACACUGGUUAUUACUAUAACGCUCAUUCUCUAAUACUGACAUUCUGGCCAUCUCACUGAGCAGUGUACUGGUCUGUUAUUGGUCAUUCAGUACUAAAUGCUGGGCAAGAUGUACUGUGGUCGAUUCUCCCUGUGUUGAUUCUCAUGCAACACUUGUGAAUUUUCUCUCAUGAACUCAGUUUCUGUGUGUCGUCACUGCCAAAAUUCUCUACCUAAAUAAAUGAUCAUUACUAUGA